AUGGCGCACCAGAUUCCGGCGGGUUGCAAGGGUGGCGGCAAGGGCGGUUGGCCCGCGGUGCCGCACCACCAAGCAAACCAACCAGUGGUGUACUACGGGCAGAAUGGUUUGGAAGUGAAAGGCCGGCGUCGUUUGGAAGAUGUGGCCUUCGAGGAUAUUUUGGCGGAGCUCCAGGGACAGUUGACAGAGCAGUUGAAUCAGGCGGGAUCCUCUGUGCCAGUGAUCCAAGACCUGGACUUGUCUCAGAAUAAACUCACGGCAGAGCAGUUCGAGAAUCUCUUCGUCUCCCUGGGGGUGGCUUCAGCCAGGGUCGUGCGCUUUCGGCUCUUUGGGUGUCCCACCCUUGACGACCAGGUGAUGCUCCUUUUGGCUGAGUACCUGCGUGGGAACCUGAGCAAGGAGACUGCCCCGGCAGAGAUGCACCUUUCGGAUUGUGCCAUCACUGCUGAGGGUUUUAAACACUUAAUGGCGGUGAUUGAGGAGAGCGAUGUGUAUCCGCUGAAGGAUGAGAGACGUCCGGAUCAAGGUUGGCCGCUCUACUUGCGGCUUGAGAACAACUACAUCAGCAAUGAGGCAAUUCAGGAGAAGAUCGACAGUGGAUUGAUUCAACUCUUCACCAAGCAGUGGGGUGCCAAAAAGGGGCCAGCUGACGGAGCCAAAGUGAAUCUGCUGGGGGAGGACUGGAACUUUCGUCAACGAAGUGGCAAGCCGCCAUCACCUGAGGAAGCACGGCCGCCAAAGAUGGUGAAGGAUCGGUCAGCUGAAGUGGCUUAG